AUGACUGACAUUCAAAAAGAAGAAAAGCAGCAAGAGGAUUCGCAGGCUUCGACACGAACUGCGAGCGGUAUAUCUUGGUAUCUCGUGGUUGCGGCGACGCUGGCAAGCAUUCUUCUAUAUUCUUUAGACAACACCAUAGUUGCAAACAUCAUUCCAGUAUCCUGGCUCUCGGUAGGUUUCAUGAUAGGAGGACUCUGUGUCGCCCUUCCACUUGGAAAACUGUACGGGAUUUUGAACAUCAAAUGGCUUUACAUAUUCUCCGUUAUCCUAUUUAUGGGUGGUUCGGCUCUAUGUGGAGGUGCUCCAAAUAUGCCCGCAAUGAUCGUGGGACGAGUACUCGCUGGAGCUGGCGGUAAUGGUAUGAAUACCGGAGUCAACACUCUGUACUCGAUGAACACAACAGAGAAACAGCGCCCGAUGUAUAUGGCACUAGUUGGCCUUACGUAUGGUAUAGGAACAGUCAUUGGUCCUGUUAUAGGCGGUGCGUUUGCAAGCUCCUCUGCUACUUGGCGUUGGGGAUUCUACAUCAAUCUUGUGAUUGGCGGCAUCUUCGCUCCAGUGUAUAUUUUCCUGUUGCCAUCAUCAAAAGCAAACCCAGAGUCACUCCUGUCGCAGCGCCUCCAUGGGUUCGACUACGUUGGAACAGUUCUUCAAGCAGAAUCUCUUGCUUGCACGGUUAUGGCCAUAAAUUUUGGCGGAAUUCUAUAUGAAUGGUCGUCUGGAAGAAUAAUAGCCAUGUUCGUGAUCGCAGGAGUUCUGGUCCUACUCUUUGCGGUCCAACAAAGCCACACGUUGCUCACUUCGGCAACAACUCGAAUAUUUCCAGUUCAUUUCCUCUCGAUUAAAGAACCCGUCUGUUGUUUUAUUCUCAUGGCUGCCUGCAGCAGUGGGACAUUCCUGGUAAUGUACUAUACUCCGCUCUACUUUCAAUUUGCCAAAGGAGUUUCAUCGCUCCACUCCGGUGUAAAUUUACUCCCCUUCAUAGUUACUACUACGGUUGCGAUUAUGGCCAACGGAGCCAUUUUGUCUAAAACCGGAUACUAUAAGCCAUGGUAUAUCUGUGGAAGCGCCUUGGCUCUUGUCGGCGGUGCCCUCAUGUCUCAUGUCAGUCACAACACAAAAAAUGCGAGUAUUUAUGGCUUGGAGGUACUUCUUGGUCUAGGUUUUUGUAGUUGGCUGCAAACGUCCUACUCGGUCAUCCAGUCAGUGUUGGAUCCGAGCCAAGUUGUUCAUGCGGUCACCUUUAUUGUGUUCGCUCAGUUGCUUGGCCUUGCCAUAUCAUUGUCUAUAGCCGGAGCUAUUUUUGUAAACUCUUCCCUCCAUGGACUCGAAAAUGUACUACCCACUACACCAGUGAAAGAAAUACAAUUAGCCAUCUCAGGGGCCAGUGGUACUUUCUUUGAGACGCUAAAACCAGCAGCACAAGAAGCCUGUUUGGAGGUUAUAAUCUCUUCAUUGCGAAAAGUGUACAUUCUAGUAUACAUCGCAGCAGCAAUAGGUUUCGUGACUUCACUGUUCCUCUCCAAUCGGAGAAUGGCGAUCCAAGUCUAG